CGGCCGCGACGCCAGGAUUACUUUAAAUUCGGUCCUGGUCCACACCUUGAAAACCCCCCUGCCCAUACGCAAGCCGCCCGCCCUGCCCUUGGCAGCGCAAGCAGCCUGCUGCACGGAGUGCUGCGCCGGCCCCUUCAAAUGGCCCAUACGUCGGCCUCAACGACUUCGUCGCACAAAUCCUCAUCCUCACACCUUCACCUUUCCCCUUCGCUGUAUGACCGCGACUACGACGACGAUUACUCGGGCGGGAAAUCAACCCCAAUAAGGACACCCUCCAGAUCCUCCAGCAGCAACAUCGAUGACGACAAGGGCGGCAACGAGCUAGAUGACGACGUCCACUUUCCCUUUGCAAUCCGCGAACCCCCAGAAGCGCACCGAGAAGGGAACACGAAGCUUUUCGGUCUUGGCAAUUUUCCUCGACACCAUACGGACACAUUCAGAAGAGGCGAGAACGACGACGGUCACGAUUACUCCCAAGACGACGACGCUUCCGUAUUAGAGCAAGAUCCCGCAGGGAUGUCUAGCUGGGCGGGACAACCCUCCAUUAGGGGGAGCUCGGAGGCCAUGAGAAUGGUGCUCUUGACCUUCAACACUCUUGGUAUCACCUUCACAUGGGGAAUUGAGAUGACUUAUUGUACACCAUACCUAUUGAAUCUUGGCCUCACAAAGAGCAACACCUCGCUGGUGUGGAUCGCAGGACCAUUAUCGGGGCUCGUAGUCCAGCCCAUUGUGGGAGCUAUCGCGGACGAAUCCAAGUCGAAAUGGGGCAGGCGGCGACCAUUCAUCGUGAUAGGUUCAAUCAUCGUCGCAGUCAGCCUGCUGACCUUGGGAUUCACAAAAGAGAUUGUCGAGAUGUUCGUGUCGGACAAGGAGACUGCGCGGAUCUUUACCAUUAUCCUCGCAGUGGUGGCCAUCUACUUUGUGGAUUUCGCCAUCAAUGCUGUAAUGUCUUGCGCAAGAAGCUUGAUCGUCGAUACUCUCCCCAUUGAAAAGCAACAGACCGGCGCCGCGUGGUCUAGUAGAAUGUCCGCGAUUGGACACAUGCUGGGCUAUGGAGCCGGUGCCAUCGAUCUGGUCGGCAUAUUUGGAAAGACAAUGGGCGAUUCGCAAUUCAAGCAGCUCACGCUCAUCGCUACGUUCUUGAUGCUCUUCUCUUCCGGAGUGACCUGCUGGGCUGUCACUGAGCGGGUUUUGGUGUCAACAAGGCACGACCCCCGCAAAGCAACCGGGCGGUUCAAGGUCUUCCGCCAAAUUUGGUCGACGCUGCUCCAUCUUCCCCCUCGGAUCCAGGCCAUCUGCUGGGCCCAGUUCUGGUCCUGGAUCGGCUGGUUCCCGUUCUUGUUCUACAGCACCACCUGGGUUGGCGAGACGUACUUCCGAUACGACGCUCCAGCAGAGGGUAAAGAUUCCAAAGAUGCCCUUGGCGACAUUGGCCGCAUCGGUAGUUUGGCGCUGGUCAUCUACUCGACCAUCACUUUCAUAGGCGCCUGGCUGCUGCCCAUGGUCGUUAAAUCGCCAGAUGAUGACAACUUUACGGCUCGACCGCCCCAAGCCAUUGCGCCGUUCCUUGAACGAUUCAACAAGAACAAGCCCGAUCUCAUGACAGCCUGGAUAUGCGGUCACCUCAUGUUCGCCGCCGCCAUGUUCCUGGCACCCUUUGCGCAGAGCUUCCGCUUCGCAACCUUCCUCGUAGCCUUCUGCGGCUUAUCGUGGACGAUCGCCAUGUGGGCGCCAACGACCUUCCUCGGCGUAGAGGUCAACAAGCUCAGUGGUGCCCGCGAAGGAGGGAGCGGGUCAGCAGCCUACCGCCGCCUCUCAAACGACUCCAACAUUGAGCUGCCCACGCUCGGCCAGGACCAGCCGCUCCAUCUGGAACACGGGCCGGACGAGGGUGGCCAGCAGACGACGUCGUCUACGGGCGAGCUGUCGGGCAUCUACUUUGGCAUACUCAACAUCUACACGACCCUGCCACAGUUUAUCGGAACCUUUAUAAGCACCAUUGUCUUCACCAUUCUAGAGCCGGGCAAAAGCCCCGAACUGUCGGACGCACCCGAACACGAGCAGCAUAACACCGACGGUCCCAACGCCAUUGCGGUCUGCCUCUUCAUCGGUGCCAUUUGUGCGGUGGUGGCCGCGUUUGCCACGCGAAAGCUCAAGCAUCUCUGA